AUGGUAUAUGAGCAACAACAAUGUGGUCUCACGCUCUGGUGCCUGCAAUGUGCCUUCAAGAGAUCUGGAAAAGAUUACUCUGACAUUGCAAAGGAGCUUCUAAAGGCCUUUGAUGAUGAAAUCAAUGCUUUUUUGGACAAUAUGUUUGGACCUCGAGAUACUCGAGUCAGAGGAUGGUUCAUGUUGGACUCUUACCUCCCUACUUUUUCUCUUACUGUCAUGUAUCUGCUUUCAAUAUGGCUGGGUAACAAAUGCAUGAAGAACAGGCCUGCUCUCUCCCUGAGGAGCAUCCUCACCUUGUACAACCUCGGCAUCACACUUCUCUCCAUGUACAUGCUGGCGGAGCUUAUUCUCUCCAGUUGGGAAGGAGGCUACAACCUGCAGUGUCAGGAUCUCGCCAGUGCAGGGGAAGCCGAUGUCCGGGUAGCCAAGGUGUUGUGGUGGUACUACUUCUCCAAAUUAAUAGAGUUCCUGGACACGAUUUUCUUUGUUUUGCGGAAAAAAACCAGUCAAAUUACUUUUCUUCAUGUAUAUCAUCAUGCCUCUAUGUUUAACAUCUGGUGGUGUGUUUUGAACUGGAUACCUUGUGGGCAAAGUUUCUUUGGACCCACUCUGAACAGUUUUAUCCACAUUCUUAUGUAUUCCUACUACGGACUGUCUGUGUUUCCGUCGAUGCACAAGUAUCUGUGGUGGAAGAAAUACCUCACCCAGGCUCAACUGGUGCAGUUCGUGCUCACCAUCACCCACACCAUGAGUGCUGUCGUGAAACCCUGUGGCUUCCCCUUCGGGUGUCUGAUCUUCCAGUCUUCGUACAUGCUUACGUUAGUCAUCCUGUUCUUAAACUUUUAUUUCCAGACAUACCGAAAAAAGCCAAUGAAGAAAGAGACGGAAGAGUUACCAGCAGGGAAAGAAGUUAAGAAUGGUUUCUCCAAAGCCUACUUCACUGCAACUAACGGGGUGAUGAACAAGAAGGCACAGUAAUAGCGAGCAGCCGACAAAGCAUAUAUAAUGGCCUAACAGAUUCGCUUGCUCUUAGGCAAGGACUGAAUUGAAAGUUAUAUGUGCUUUAGCAUACACUAACUUCUUUUGAGUUUAUAAAUCAUUUGUACCCAGAAUGUAUUAAUAUCUUGCUAUGAGGUUAAUCGGUUAAUUGAGUGCUUCUGUCAGCAUUGAGGUGAACUCUG